CACUCUACCAUCACAAACUCAUCCAGCUUCCACACCCCACCCUCAAUCACAGCCGCAACAUCUUCUAUUAGUUCUAAAUCUUCCACAACACCCAUACACUCUUCUUACCAUGUCUUCUCCCAAGCUCCGUACCGACUCUUCUCCCAAUGCAGCUCCUCCAGCUCGCAGGUCAGCCUUCCAAGUCGUCAUUGAGCGUUCUCCCACCCUCGCUAGUACCCCGAGCUAUGCGAGGCCAACCGCUGCCAGCUUGAGCAGGACACAGGAGAUAUCGAAUGCGAGGAGGAGCAGCGAGCCAGAAUCGGUGCAGGCGUUGCCAGCGGCAACCGAGAAGAAGCAGAAGAAGGGCAAGAUCACGAAGCCGGUCGAGACGACGAAGGACAGCGAACGCAGGCCGACGUCCCAAAGAGUUCAGGAAUUGAAGGAGGCCUGGAAGUUGAUGAUUGCGGCGAAGAACAGGGAGAGAAAGGAAAAGAAGAAGAUGGAGAUAAAGGAAAAGAAGGAGAACACCGUAUCGUCACGAGUGAUGGUGAAGGGUAUAAAGACGGCGGCAGAGAGGAAACCAUCCAACAAGAAGAUAGUGAUGCCAUCUGGGGUCAUGAUACGAACGACAAAGUCUAUGAUGAUGGCGAAGACGAAGAAGAAGGAGGGCAAGCUGGAGCUUGAAGAGAAGCACAAGAAGGAGAUACAGCCGGUGCCAUUCGUGGUAGCAAUGCCGGCAGCGAAGAGGCAGGGGCCUGAGCAGGAGCCUAAGAUUGUCGAGCCAGCCUCCAAGAAGGCAGAGAAGAAGGCAGAGAAGAAUGCGAAGAAGAAUGCAGAGAAGAGGGCAAAUAAGACAGCGAUUCUGCCCCCCAAAGCGAGGGCUUCGGGGCCGUCCCCCAACUCCUCUGUGGGAAGGAAGACUGCGGUUGAACGGAAGAUGUCCGUACCCAAAGAGAAGACGACCCCGCCACCGAAACCCUUCGCCGCCGCCGCACGCACAAGUGAGCCUUCGAAGGCUACGAAGACGAACGUACUCGCCAAUCUUACGGUGCCAAAGAAUAAACCCACUACGAAAGUGGCAAACAAGAGGAGGGUCACCGAUUCCUCCCUCGAACGGCCGCAGCCGCCGUCGAAGAAGCCGAAGCCCAACGAGGAGUCAUCUACGCUCCAUUCUACGAGACCACCCGGGAUCAGCAAGAUCCCCCAACCGGUCGCAGACAUUAUAAAGCGUGCCCAUGCACUUCAACCUCGGCUUUCCCGCUUCCAUCUAUCCAAGCUUGAGCCCGCCAGGCCUACCUACUACGGUGGAAGGACGCCGGCACUAGUAGCCAGGACAAUGGAGUGGCUGGAAAAUGUAGAGAUCCCUUUUGGGGCUUCGACGCCUGUUCCCUCCGUUAAGCAGGAGGAGGAGAGCUGA